AUCUAGCGGCAAUGCUACUUAUGUGGAUGGGCGAAGAAGACGCCUUCUGGGCCCUAGUACAAUUAAUGGAAGAUAAAAAAUAUGGGUUGAAAGAUGUCUACAAGCCCGGGUCAGGGACACUGGAAGACCUGCAGAAGCGUCUGCAACAUGUCAUACACCAGGCACUCCCUGCUCUUGAAAAACACCUGGAGGAGCAGAGCAUAAGCCUUGGGAGCAUCACCAAGCACUGGUUUACACAAUGUUUUCUGGAGAUUGUGCCAUUUUCACUGGCGAUUAGAUUGUGGGAUGUCUUCCUACUGGAGGGGCAGCAGAUGCUCACCACGAUGGCCUGUGUGAUUUUGAAGGUGCAUCACAAGCGCCUGCAGAGGAUGUCCACAGAUGACCUCCAGGAGUUCCUACAGGAGACCCUGAAGAAAACCUGGGCCCUGGAUGAUGAUGUUGUCAUCAAGAAGCUGCAGGGCUGCAAGCGGGAGCUAGCCAAGCUAAAAUGCCCCCUGCCUGCUGCAGAAAAACCCAAAGCAGUUGGCAGCCCAGCCAGGGGAGGUGCCCGCAUCUCCCUGAGGAGCAUCCUUCCAUCUGUGGCCCUGAAGAGAAAGAACAGCAUUCAGGAGAGCAAAGGGCGUCACCCUGAACCUGCAGCUCCUCCAUGCCAGGAGCCCACUGGGGAUUCAGCUUCUCCCCUGCAGGGGGAAGAUUGUCUUGGAAGUUAUGACUCCCAGGCCAACCUAAAGAAAGAUGCAGAGGAGGGGAUGGGCAGUCUUGAGGGGAACAGUCCGCAGUCACAUGGCCAGGGGCACCCUGAGGAGGAGGAGGAAGAGAAGGAGUUUGAGGAGGAGGAGUUUGAGGAGGAGGAGGAAGUGGAGGAGGAGGAGGAUGCUGGUGUGCGCCCUCGCUUUCCGAGCUUGCUGUGGGACAUUGUGCCACUUGAGACCAUACUUGAGGAGGAUGAGGAGGAAGACAUUGACGACGAUGCCUCCCCAAGUGUCCAUGUUGGACAAGGCUCCCCUCCGGAGCUCGUGUCCCCCUAUCCUGACCGCUGA